AAAAUCUCUGCGGCCGAGGGACCGGUGCCCCAGGACGCAGCACACGUCCAAAGAGCUCGCUGCACAACUCGCCUGACAGCGCCUCGACGCCGUCGACGCAGCGCCGCCGCCGCCAAGCCACAAAUCAGCCGGCUCUCCAGCAGCCGAAGCAGACCCAAGACAAGAUGAGCAACAACUUCACGGAACAAGGCAUAGCGGUGGUCAAGGAGGCCAUCCAGGCCGACAACGAGCAGGACUAUGCGAAAGCUUUAAUGUUGUACAAGCGCGGCAUCGAAGUUUUACUCACUGGUGUCAAAUACGAAAAAAAUGACACCGCAAAAAACAUGAUUUUGAAGCGCGUCGAGGGCUACAUGAAGCGCGCGGAGGACCUGAAGGAGGUCGUGAACCAGCAGCGCCAAGGACCGACCAAGGGCGGUACGGGUACCUUGGACAAGGGCAAGGGCGAGCCUGACAAUGAGCAGUCGAAGCUCCAAGAACAACUCAGUUCGGCCAUCGUUACGGACAAGCCCAACGUCAAGUGGGACGACGUCGCCGGUCUGGAAGGUGCGAAGGAGGCUCUCAAGGAAGCUGUGAUUCUCCCGCGACGGUUCCCGCAGUUGUUUGUUGGCAAAAGGCGACCGUGGCGGGGGAUUUUAUUGUUCGGGCCCCCUGGUACCGGUAAGUCGUAUUUAGCCAAGGCCGUGGCCACGGAAGCCGACGCGAAAUUUUUUGCCGUUUCUUCCUCAGACCUCGUGUCGAAGUGGCAGGGCGAGUCUGAGAGAUUAGUGAAGAAUCUGUUCAGCAUGGCGCGGCAGGAGGAGCACGCGAUCAUCUUCGUGGACGAGAUCGACUCGCUCUGCGGGUCUAGAAGCGAGGGCGAGUCCGACGCCACGAGAAGAAUCAAGACCGAGUUCCUCGUGCAGAUGCAGGGCGUCGCUUCCGCAAAAGAUGGAUUACUCGUAUUGGGCGCCACGAAUAUUCCCUGGGACCUGGAUCCCGCCAUCAGAAGACGUUUUGAAAAAAGAAUCUACAUCCCUUUGCCCGAAGGUCCCGCGCGGGCGACGAUGCUGAAGAUCCACCUCGGGAACACUCCCAACCAACUCACCCAACCGGACUUCGAUCGGCUGGGCAUGCAGGCCGAUGGGAUGUCCGGGUCCGAUCUGUCGAUUGUGUGUCGCGAGGCGAUCAUGGAGCCCAUGCGGACGUGCCAGAAAGCUAGACAGUUCCGACCGGUUGUGGUAGAUCAUCAGGAGAUGCUGUCGCCGUGCGAGACGUACCCGUCGUGCGCGUAUUGUCCGAUCGACUUGAGCGAUGCGCCGGCGUCGAAGGACCCGUGCCAGUACUGCGGCGCCGUGCGCAUGACCAUGUACGACAUGCCCGACCCCUCGCUCAUGCUGCCGCCGGUCGUGUCCGUCAAGGACUUCGAGUCGAGUCUCGAGCGGAUCAAAAGGACGGUGGCCGAGGAGGAGCUCACGCACUUCGAGGAGUGGGCCGAGGAGUUCGGCCAGGAGGGCUAGGAGGUCGCGUUCGACAAUUGUGUAAUUUUCG